CAAGCAAUCUGGUUGUUUACGCCCGCGCGUGCGCGGCGCGGACUGUCAAAUGGGUCGCUCCAGUCGCUGGCGCUCCCAGUCCGCGGGUCGCAGGGAUCGGAGGAGUCGGAGCUGGAGCUACAGCCACAGCCGCAGUCGCAGCCAGAGCCAUGGGCGGAAGAUCCGGAGGCGACGGGAACACGAGGGGGAACGCAGGCGGCGCGAACGCAGGCGCCGCAGCCGGGGACGCAGGUCAGAUUCCGAGGGAGACCGGCGGCAGAGGUCUGGGAGGCGAAGCCGGGACCCUCGGCCACCCCGAUGGCACCCACAGGACAAUUCUUCACACUCUGACUCUGGGGAGGAGCUGCCACGAGGCUCCAGGGCCCGGCGGGGUCGUAGGCGCUCGUGGUCCCCAGGGUCAUCAGCAUCUAGCUCAGAAUCCCCAAGACGCUCCCGGAGCCCUGGGGCAGCCGCCCUGACCCUGAGCCAGCAGCAGAGCCUGCAGGAGCGGCUGAGGCUGCGUGAGGAGCGGAGGCAGCAAGAAGAGAUGCUCAAGGCCUUCGAGACGCCCGAGGAGAAGCGUGCGAGGCGACUGGCCAAGAAGGAAGCCAAGGAGCGCAAAAAGCGGGAGAAGAUGGGCUGGGGCGAGGAGUACAUGGGCUACACCAACACCGACAACCCCUUUGGGGACAACAACCUGCUGGGCACCUUCAUCUGGAACAAGGCGCUGGAGAAGAAAGGCAUCAGCCACCUGGAAGAGAAGGAGCUGAAGGAACGCAACAAGAGGAUCCAAGAAGACAACCGGCUGGAGCUGCAGAAGGUGAAGCAGCUGCGGCUGGAGCGGGAGCGAGAGAAAGCCAUGCGGGAGCAGGAGCUGGAGCUGCUGCAGCGGGAGAAGGAGGCAGAGCACUUUAAGACCUGGGAGGAGCAAGAGGACAGCUUCCACCUCCGGCAGGCCAAGCUUCGCUCCAAGAUCCGAAUCCGAGAUGGGCGGGCCAAGCCCAUCGACCUGCUGGCCAAGUACAUCAGCGCCGAGGAUGACGACCUGGCCGUCGAGAUGCACGAGCCCUACACCUUCCUCAAUGGCCUCACGGUGGCUGACAUGGAGGACCUGCUGGAGGACAUCCAGGUGUACAUGGAGCUGGAACAGGGCAAGAAUGUGGACUUCUGGCGGGACAUGACGACCAUCACGGAGGACGAGAUCGCCAAGCUCCGAAAGCUGGAGGCCUCAGGCAAAGGGCCGGGUGAGCGCCGUGAGGGAGUCAACGCCUCUGUCAGCUCAGAUGUGCAGUCGGUGUUCAAGGGCAAGACUUACAACCAGCUGCAGGUCAUCUUCCAGGGCAUUGAGGGCAAGAUUCGCGCAGGCGGCCCCAACCUCGACAUGGGUUACUGGGAGAGCCUGCUGCAGCAGCUGCGUGCACAUAUGGCCAGGGCCAGGCUCCGCGAGCGUCACCAGGAUGUACUCCGGCAGAAGCUGUUCAAACUGAAGCAGGAGCAAGGUGUGGAGAGCGAGCCACUGUUCCCCAUCCUCAAGUCGGAGCCCACGGCUACUCACAGCCCUGAGCCUGAGGAGCAGGACCCCAGCCCCGGGCCGUCUGUGGACCCCGCGGAACCUGAGGGGCCUCCACCACCCGGGGAGGCGGAGGCAGAGCCUGAGGCAGAUGGGGAGGCGGUGCUGAUGGAAGAGGACUUGAUCCAGCAGAGCCUGGCGGACUACGACGCCGGCCGCUACAGCCCACAGCUGCUCACUUCGCAUGAGCUGCCACUGGACGCGCAUGUGCUGGAGCCACAUGAAGACCUGCAGCGGCUGCAGCUCUCACGCCAGCAGCUCCAGGCCACAGGGGAUGCGAGCGAGAGCGCCGAAGACAUCUUCUUCCGGCGUGCCCGUGAGGGCAUGGGACAGGAUGAGGCGCAGUUCAGCGUGGAGAUGCCGCUUAGCGGCCGCGCCUACCUGUGGGCGGACAAGUACCGGCCUCGCAAGCCGCGAUUCUUCAACCGCGUGCACACGGGCUUUGAGUGGAACAAGUACAACCAGACACACUAUGACUUCGACAACCCGCCGCCCAAGAUCGUGCAGGGCUACAAGUUCAACAUCUUCUACCCUGACCUCAUCCGCAAACGCGCCACGCCCGAGUACUUCCUGGAGGCCUGCCCAGACAACCGCGACUUCGCCAUCCUGCGCUUCCACGCUGGCCCGCCCUAUGAGGACAUCGCCUUCAAGAUCGUCAGCCGCGAGUGGGAGUACUCGCACCGCCACGGCUUCCGCUGCCAGUUCGCCAAUGGCAUCUUCCAGCUCUGGUUCCACUUCAAGCGGUACCGAUAUCGCCGGUGACACAGGUGGCGCCCGCCAGGCUGGACCCUGGACAGCUCCCAGGUGGGAGGGCGGAAGGGACCUGGCUGCUUCCCUUAAGCCUUGGGAUUGAAUCAGCUCUACGGUUGGUCGGCAGCACCAUGUGGCUGUGGCCUUCCGGAUCCCCUCCCAUCUGAAAAGGAACAGAUCUAUUUCUCUGAAAAGACUGCCUUAGGCGGCAGAAAUACUCUUUUGUUUCCACGGACUUGUUCAGCCGCGGAACUCCAUGUGGUUUUGAUACAUUUAAUAAAAAGCUUAUUCUUGGGAAAAAAAAUUAAAAAAAUUUAAAAUCCUG